UUAGCGCAUACACAUCCCUGUUCCAUUGCAACGUUCCGCAUUGUGACCGUCAUCUGUGCGCACGUCUGUAAUCAUCUGUUUAUUUGGAUAAUAACCUGUUCAAGCUAUUGACAAGAUGCCCAACAAAUCGGAAAUACCGUUACCAGCGGAGGACUUGGACUGGAUUCAAUUACGUCAGGAUCUGGGGCCAGUUGUCGAAAUUGAAACGACCAAGGAAAGACUUGUGCGCAAAAUAAAGGAGAACCCUUUGGUGCCGAUUGGAUGCCUGGCCACAACCGCAGCCCUAACAGCUGGUCUAUACAAUUUUCGCACCGGCAACCGCAGAAUGUCCCAAUUUAUGAUGCGUACCCGUAUCGCAGCACAAGGAUUCACGGUGCUGGCAUUGAUCGUUGGCGUCGUUAUGACAUAUGGGGAGAAAAAAUAGUAUAAUUGUGAUCUAAUAUUUACUCAUAUAUUGCAAGUGUAUGUAGCAUAAAUUAAAUGGUUAUCACAGUUUUAUUUUUA